CAUCAUCAUCAAGUAGGCAUUGAAAAAGAUUUUGUACCAAAAAAGAGGAGAUAUCGAGUAGAGUCUGGAUGAUAUCAGUGUGGUUCGUAGAUCGCAACCUCAAAAAGCUGUACCCUUUCUCGUACGGCUUAAAGAAGUUCACACUGAGAAUCUCAAAGAUUCAACAUUUAGGGUACACUCUUCCCUCAUAGAUACAUCAUUAAAGCUGACGCCUUUCUAUUUCUAGCUGCUGAGAUAACAUCAAAUUCACAGGAAAGAUCUCACCUUUUAACUCUAUGGAGCCUCCUGAUGUUCAACAAGCAGAGUCUUCAUAUACAUUUGGUGAUAGAUCCACAAGUGACAUAGUUGUGAGACUAAGAAACGAAGAAGGCCGUGACGACUGGAUCUAUUGCCACUCCAAGAUCCUCACCGAGAGAAGCAGAUACUUCGCAGACCGUCUCUCUGAUAAAUGGCCUACUUGCAAGAUUCUUGAUUCUCGUUACUGUGUUGAAGUCAUUUGCCAAGAAUCAGACUAUGACCAUCACAUCAAUCUCUUAAGACUUCUCUACGUUGUUGGUUCUGGUGGUGAUGAUGAUGUCCCUGGGGAUCAUCAUUUGUGUCAUAACGUGAAAAGCGCGCUGGGGGUUCUCUGUGUUGCUAAGGAGCUUGAUUGUCCUCUGGUUGUGGCUGCUUGUGUGAACUACUUGGAAGCUGUUCCGUGGGAGGAAGGUGAAGAGGAAGAGAUGUUGAGGGUUAUACCGAUGAUUGGUUCGGAAGCAGAGCCGGUUCUUGCUCGUUUACAGCCGGUUGAUCAGUCUGCUGUUACUGGAAUCUUUUCAUCUGCUUUUAGGUUCGCUACCUCGUCUCCACCUCUGCCAUUGUGUGAUAUUAAAGCAUCUGCUCAAGAACAGAUUGAUUAUAUGAUAACCGAAGAUGAUGAUGCUCCUUUGCUGAUUGCUGAUGAAGUUAUCAAGCUUGAAGUAAAGGAGUGUGUGAAGAGCUUGUUUGUCAGAUUCUUCCAGUGUUUGGAUUCUGAAGAGGUCACUAGCAAGAACGGGGCUUUAAAGAUGGUUGUGUCGGAUUUGUCAUGGGCGUUUCAGAUACUCACAAAGAUGGAAAUGGUGAGAGAUUUUGUUGUAACAUGGGUUGAGACAUCUGAGAAGUUAGUUAAGGUAGUUGAAGCGAUGGAAACGGCUGCAGAGACGGUGGAGAUAAGAGUUAAAGUCACUGAGGUGACUUCGAAAGUAGUAGAGGCGAUUGGUUAUGGAACUGUGAUAUUACCAACAGUGAAACGGCUUCAGAUGGUGAAACUAUGGCUUCCUUUUGUAAGAGAAACAAAGCCUCUUGUUGACUCGGUUGUAACCAAUCAAGAAGAAGAUAAGGAGGAAGGGGUGAGAUGUAAGAUCGAUGGAGAGAUAUGGCAAGCUUUAGAAUCAUCUUUUGUGUCUAUAAUUCUGGCGUUGCCAUCUUCAGACCAAGCUGAGAUAUUGACAGAGUGGUUAAGCAAGAACGGUGUGUAUCCGGAUUUGACAGAGGCUUUUGAGGUAUGGUGUUAUAGAUCAAAAGUGGCCAAGAGAAGAUUGGGUUUGCUAGGUGGAGAGGAGGAUGGGAAGGACAUGUCUUAAAACUCUUUUGUUGAGCUCUGAAUCUUGAA